AUGAACGAAGACCCCAAAGCACUUGUCACUGAACUUCUGAGGAAAACCUCGGUGGCUGACGGCGCUCUUCCUGGAUGGGAACUGCAGCAGCAGGUGAAGAUUCAGGAGCUGCGGCACAGUCGUCUGGCCAAUGUGUGCUCUGAGUACCAGCUGGGCGCCAUGAAGCAGCAGGUCUCUGAGCAUCACAUGUCAAACCUCUUUGUUGAAGACCAGUUCAGGCUGCUGUACUGCGAGGUUCCCAAAGCCGGCUGCUCCAACUGGAAACGGGUGCUGAUGGUUCUGUCGGGCAAAUUCUCCUCUGUACUCAACCUCACUCAUGAUCAAGUGCACACCAACGUACACCUGAGACACCUGAAGGAGUGCGGCCCUGACGGCGUCGCUGAGCGGCUGGAAAACUUCACUAAGAUCCUGUUUGUCAGGGAGCCCUUCCAGCGGCUGGUGUCAGGAUUUCGGGAUAAGAUGGAGAAUCCCAACAAGCCUUACCAUGAUGUGUUUGGACGGGCCAUCAUCGCCAAGUACCGUGCCAAUGCCUCGCAAAGCGCCCUGGAGACUGGAGACGGUGUCACCUUCAGGGAGUUUGUGCAGUGCCUGCUGGACCCGCAUCGUCCCGUUGGGGACGACCCACACUGGGCUCCCAUCAGCCAGCUGUGCCACCCCUGUCUGCUGCAGUACCACUUCAUCGGCAAGUUAGAGAAUGCCAACACCGAAGGAAACUUCCUGCUGAAGCACAUCGGAGCGCCGGUGAACGUCAGCUACCCCGACUAUAAGGACAGACACCCUCAGGACGAGAGGACGUCCUCGGCCAUCAUGGAGAAAUAUUUCUACCAGCUGAACGCCACCGAGAGGCAGGGAAUCUACGACCUCUACCGCAUGGACUACCUGAUGUUUGGCUACCCCAAACCCCUCCCUGACCUGCACUGA